AUGCAAGCUCCUCAGCUCCGACUAAAUGAGCGUCAGGCCAAUCCGAAUCCUUAUAUAAUCUUCAUUCGCUCUUUGCUAAACAAUAAGGAUCAUAAGGAUGCAGAAGAUAUACUCAAGGCGGUCGCUGCGCAAAUGAAAACGAUAAUGAGGGAAAGGUUCAUGCAGGUACAUACCCUGGAAGAAGCAGCUUUCAAUCGAGUAUUCGCAGGGAGAAAUUGGAAUCAUGGACAGAGCAUAGAGCUAGUGCUGAGAGGACCAAGCGGACGAUUCUUACCAAUGCCAUAUAUAAUAUCGGUGAUGUGUCAUGAGAUGGCUCAUAUCGAGCAAAUGAACCAUGGACCGAAGUUCCAAAAGCUUAUGGCUGAGAUCAAAGCGGAUGUCAGUCGUCUACAGUCGAGAGGAUACUACGGGGACGGGUUUUGGUCUGAUGGAAAAAGGCUGAAGGACAGUGUAAGGAUGGGAGGAGAGGGAUAUCGGGCAUCUGAUUUCCCGGAAUACGUGUGCGGUGUCAGCGCCUCAGAUGCUCGAAAGGCCAAGAGACCCUCUCGUGGUCCAGGAUCAAGUCGCCAACCAGGACUGGUCAAAGGCGAAGCGUCUCAUCGAUCAGGUAGACAGACGGAGUACAGACGUAAAGCCGGGAGAAAGAAUAAUGCCGAUAUGGGAGAGGGUGGAUCAAGGCUGGAUGGUGGUAGACAGAUAACAAAAGAAGAUCGAGAACAACAUAAAUCCUAUGUGGACGACAUGACCCAAGUCUUACUCGAACAAGGACUGAGUAUGAACAAGGCGAAGAAACGAGCUGGCGAGAUGUGGGAAGAAGAUAAUCCAUGGUGGAAAGAGGGUAGUACAAGGGGUAAAGUAGCAAAAUCCAAGACUGCAGCUGAAAUGAGGGCAGCAGCAGCCGAAGCUCGUCUUCGAGCGCUCGCUGGACCAUCUACUUCAAACGUUGCCAAACCGCUCACUACGAUGUCAGACGAUGAGGGUGAAGAGGAGAAGGAGGAUGUCAAACUUGUGUUUGACGAGGAAGACGAGGUGGAAGAUCCUCAUAUCGGCAUAGAGGAGAGGAAGAAGGAGAUGGAGGAUGAGAUGGACGAAAGUGAACGAGAGGGUCUCAGAGGGGGUUGGGAAGAGUAUAUCAAUCCACCUCAAACAAUGAGUACAGGAGAAUCUUCAAGAAGAGUGAAACGAGAACGAUCACCUACAUCCACGGUUGAUACGGAAGCCACUUCGUCAAAACAGCCUAAAUCGACACCCGGAUUCGGCGCAGCUGCGGUCCGACAAAAUCGUCUGAAAGCUCUUGGUCUAGCACCAACACCGAUUUCGUCAAAAGGUAAAGUUAAAGGUCGCACAUUGGGUUCAACAACGAAUGAUACGAUCUCUUUGGGAUCGAAGAACAACAGAAAACCAGAUGUAUCGAUUUCUGACCAACUGAGUAGCAAUAACGAUAGGCCAGGUGGUUGGGAAUGUAAGAUAUGUACAUUCAUCAACAUGGCGGAUCAUGGGCGAUGUGAGAUGUGUCAGGCUAGACCUGACGGGGCGAUGCCUAAUGACGUUAUCAUCUGA